AGACAGAUUCUAACACUGAAUUAACAUAUCAUAUUUGAUGGAGUACACCAGUCAAAAAUAUGUCCUAAUUUAUUGUUUAACUGAUAAAUCAAUAGCAAUUGUUCAUGUUGACGAUGUUGUUGGAUGGAAUUCAGAUGAAUUUGAAAAACUCAAAAUUUGUAGAAGAGUUGAAUUAAGGGUUAAAAAUGAUGAUAGUAUGAUAAAGGUUUUAGUUUUGCAGUGUGGGGCAAAUUAUGAUGCCCUCAAGGAAACUUUAAAGUUUGUUUCUGAAAUGAAACGAAAAAAACAAACAAUAAAUUUCAUUCAAACAUAUUUCAACCCUGUCCGUGGUUUAAACAGACAACGACUGCCUCCUGUUUAUCCUCUUCACACAGCCUCUGAAGAUUCAAAUUUGGAUACAGAUUUUUGUUCUGAGUCAGUGGCCACACAUAACCAGGAAAGUGUCUGUAAAUCAGUUGCCCUAAAGCCUCUGCCACCACUGAAACCUUUUAAUUUUCAUUUUAAACAAACGAGUUCAAAUGAAAACAAUAUUCAAGCAUCACCGAAUUUCUCUUCAACUAAUUCAAGUUUUCAACUAAAUGUGCCUAGUUUACAACCACCUGCGUAUAUACAGGCAACUGUUUCAAGCAAUUCAGAUAGUCAGGCAAUCUUAAGUCCUCGAGAUUCAUCAGAUGCAAGUUUAUUGCGGAUGCAUGAAAGUAUGAUAGAUGUUUGCAAUCGCCUUAAUGUUGAGCCAUUUAGUGCUCAAGGUCAUUUUCUUAUGAAUGCAUACGUCCUUCGUGAACUGAGUUCAAUACAGUUAAAGUUAACCAAUAUUGAGCAGAGACAAGCAAGAUUGGAAGCUCGUGUUGUUAGUGAUCCGGUUGAUCAGAUAUGUCAAAUUCAAUUUCCAAUUUUUACUUUUCGGCUGCAGUAUUCUGACGUUGAAAAGCACCCAAAGAAUAUGUUGUCAUGGAUGAAGCUUGAAGGAGGAGUGACUGCCCAUGACCAUAUUUCGAGGGUACUGAACAAGUUGCUAUCACAUGGCCUGCAGGAAGUUAUUAACAGGCCUGGAACUCAUGGCAAACUUAAGUUUUUUGAUCAUCUGGAGAAUCUGCUCAAAAUUUCAACUGUUCACUUUUUCCCUGGCAUAACGGCAAAAGAAAUUGAGUUAAAGGUAGCACGAUUUUUCAAUAACGCCAGAGAUCGCUCUGGCGGUCGUCUGCUGCGAUUUAAGAAAAAGGCAGAAGUUUCGAUUGAGGAAGAAAAAGAUAAUGACAGUGAAGUGAGAAGUGAAGAGGACAACGAAAACGAUAACGAUUUCCGACAAAAAAGGCGAAAGACUUUUUCAAAUAACUAAUAUCCGUAGUAAUAUAUAAAUAUAUAAAAAAAAUCUCAAAAUCUAAACAAAAUGUAUAAUAAAAAUCUAAAUAAAAUGUAUAUGAGAAAAUGUAAUACUUAACAAGAAAUAGUAUAUAAAUUAUAUUUUAUA